UUCCCUCCUCCGCAUGCAUUGAUUUGGACAGCUUGACGGCGCUAACUGGCCGCGUCAGAGGAGCAGGAGAAGGCGGAUGGACACACGACUUUCUCCGUUAAAGUUACUAUUCUUGUCGGCAAGAGCACGACAAUGUCUAUCCCACGUCGAUAACUUUGUGCUCUGUGCCCAAAAAGUGACAAGAUGUCGCUGAGCAGGAGCAUUGAAUUGCAACACUUCGAGGAGCGGGAGAAGCCUCACCGGACGCCGAGGAGCGGCUCGUCGGGCUCCCACGCCGGCUCCAGGGGCCCCGGCCUGACGCCCAGCCCGGCGCACAGUGCGCACUGCAGCUUCCACCGCACACGGACUCUGCAGGCGCUCACCUCCGAGAAGAAGGCGAGGAAAGUUCGCUUCUACCGCAAUGGAGACAAGUACUUCAAGGGUCUGGUCUACGCCGUGUCCCAAGACCGCUUCCGCUCCAUGGACGCCCUGCUCAUGGAGCUCACGCGGUCCCUGUCGGACAACGUCAACCUGCCGCAGGGGGUUCGAACCUUGUACACCCUGGACGGGGGCCGGAGGGUCUGCAGCCUGGACGAGAUAGUGGAGGGCGAAAGCUACGUGUGCGCCUCCAACGAGCCCUUCAGACGCGUCGACUACGCAAGGAACGUCAACCCCAACUGGUCUGUGGGCAGCAAGACGGGCACGUCGCGCUCCCUCUCCUCACUCAUCCCGUCCAAGAGCGAGUAUCAUCAUCAUCAUCAUCAGCAGCAGCCGCAGCAGCAUCGCGAGCCCAAAGACUUUGUCAAACCCAAACUGGUCACCGUCAUCCGCAGCGGCGUCAAACCUCGCAAAGCCGUGCGCGUCCUGCUCAACAAAAAAACGGCGCACUCCUUGGAGCAGGUGCUGACCGACAUCACCGACGCCAUCAAGCUGGACUCUGGAGCGGUCAAGAAAUUGUACACACUUCAGGGCAAGCAGAUCACAUGCCUGCAGGAUUUCUUCGGCGACGAUGACGUGUUCAUCGCGUGCGGCCCAGAGAAGUAUCGCUACGCCCACGAUGACUUUGUGUUGGACCACAGCGGUAAGGCUUCCACAGCCUUUAUGACUGAGUGUAAAGUGCUGAAGUCGUCAUACAGUUGCUCCCCUACUUCCAAACGGACGACUAAAAGUCCAGGACCUUCACGACGCAGCAAGUCUCCUGGCGCAGGGAGGCGUACAGUUCACUACUCCACAAGUCCUUCUCCGGCCAAAUCCCCAGUAAAUGGUUUCGGUCAUAUUUCCACGGCAAAGUCCACCAAAUCGUCCACGCCCUCCCCCACGAGCCCUCAAAGCCUCUCCUAUUCCAAGAUCGCUCCGUGUCAUCACGUCUCCAAUUCAAACAUCAACGGUUCACUGAACAACCACCAGGGGGGGACAGAGGUCAACGGUAACCAUAGCAACAGCCCGUCUGCCACUAUCCUGGACAAGUACGCUGUCGGCAAAGUUAUCGGCGACGGCAACUUUGCUGUGGUGAAGGAGUGCGUGGAGAGGUCCACGGGGAAAGAGUUUGCCCUGAAGAUCAUCGACAAGGCCAAGUGCAGCGGCAAGGAGCACCUGAUCGAGAACGAGGUGGCGGUGCUGCGACGCGUGAAGCACCCCAACAUCAUCAUGCUGGUGGAGGAGGUGGACACGCCCACUGAGCUCUGUCUCGUCAUGGAGCUUGUCAAGGGCGGCGACCUAUUCGACGCCAUCACGUCGUCGGCCAAGUACACGGAGAGAAGCGCCAGCGUCAUGGUGUGCAACCUGGCCGCCGCCCUCAAGUACCUGCACGACAUGAACGUGGUGCACAGAGACAUCAAGCCGGAAAACCUGCUGGUGUCGGAGUAUCCCGAUGGCACCAAGUCUCUCAAACUGGGGGACUUCGGUCUCGCCACCGUGGUGGAAGGUCCUCUGUAUACCGUGUGUGGGACGCCAACGUACGUGGCGCCGGAAAUCAUCGCGGAGUCUGGGUACGGUGUAAAAGUGGACAUCUGGGCUGCGGGCGUCAUCGCUUACAUCCUCCUGUGUGGGUUCCCUCCUUUCAGAAGUGAGAGCAACCAGCAGGAGGAGCUCUUUGAGCAGAUUCUCCUGGGACGACUGGACUAUCCCAGUCCUUACUGGGACAACAUCAGCGACUCGGCCAAGGAGCUGAUCGGGAAGAUGCUGCAGGUGAACAUGGACGCUCGUUACACGGCGCAGGACGUCCUCGCCCACCCUUGGGUCACGGACGACGCGGUGGCGGAGAACAACAUGAAGGCGGAAGUGACGGGCAAACUGAGGACGCACUUCCACUCGGCGCCCAGGCACGGCAACGCGGCGGCGGUCUCCGUUAUCGUGAACACGGCGCUGGAUAAGGAGACCCUCCAGCUGCACCUGUCGGGACCUCAGAGGUCACCUGACCCCACCAUCACCCCAACCAAAUGGGAGGAAUGUUCUCCAACACACACGCUGACGCCGACAGAUGUUGGAACGGCGCCCCCCAGUGGUAGCAUCGUGUCCUCCCCGCUGGACGUGUCGCCCACAGUCUCCACUCCCUCGUCUCCCGACGGGCCUCCUCCCGUCAAACAUGUCGUCUUCCUGCCCCUCGCCUUCCCCGACCAGCGAGCGGCGUCCUCGCAGCCCGCCCUCUUCCCGUCUCCUCCCUCCACCCCGCCCGCCUCCGCCUCGCCCCCGUCGCCAAGCUUUGUGGCCCACGAAGAACGAGUCGCCACGGAGCUGGUGGAAGGACUUUAGGAUGUUGUAAAACAUCAAGACUUCUAUUUGUUUUUAUUUAUUGAGAAAGACUCAAGAACGAUGAAGCGUUCCCAUUAUGUGAAGCAUUGUUAUUGUUAUUAUUAUUACUAUGAAGUACACUACACUGCAGUAUUUUAGCUUUUGCUUAGUCAUCCGUACACCACAGUAGUUAGUAUGCACAGUGAGUACAGAAGUCAACACCAUCG